AUGAUUACAUUAAGAGAUCCUCCAACCGUCUGUAAUAACAACUGGGAUGUAAAUGCUGCUAAGGUGGUGUGUAAAAAUCUGGACUGUGGUACAGCACUGAGUGCCCCUCAAUCAGCCCUUUUUGGUCCAGGAACCGGGCAGAUCUGGCUUGAUGAUGUGGACUGUUCAGGAAAUGAAGGGUCUCUAGGUGCGUGUCAGCACAGAGGAUUUGGGAAACAUAACUGUAAACAUAGUGAGGACGCUGGUGUCGUCUGUUCAGUGAGCCUCCCAAAGCCCAGCCUCUCCAUUACUCCUACUGGUGAGGCUACCUGGGGACAGAAAGUCAGCAUCACUUGUUCAGAUUCAGCUGAGCUUGUAGGUGGAACAUUCAUUCUGACGGAGACUUCAGGCUCAUUCAGAGAGACCCAAACCUCAAGUACCAACUCUGCUGUAUUCAGUAUCCCUAAAGUGAACUUUGACAAUGAGGGAUUGUAUCAGUGUCAGCAUGAGAAAAGCAUUUCAGGUCACACGUUCAGCUCCAGCCUAUCUGACACAGUCAGACUCACUGUUACUGUGAUCUUUCCCAAGCCCAGCAUCUCCAUGAACCCUGUUGGUGAGGUUACCUGGGGUCAGGACGUUAGCAUGACUUGUUCAAUCUCAACUCAGUUUUUAGGAGGAACAUUCACCUUGAAGAGGACACCAGGUUCAUUAAGAAUGACACAGACAUCAAAUACCAAUUCUGCUACCUUCAGCAUCCCUAAAGUGGAAUUUGUCAAUGAAGGAUUGUACCAGUGUCAGUAUCAGAAAAGUAGCUCCAUUCGAGAUUUCACCUCCCCUCUAAGUGACUCUGUCAGACUCUCUAUCACUGAUCCAACAAGUUUUAUCAUCAGACUGGUCAUCGUGCUGCUGAGUCUGCUGUUGAUGGUCACCAUCAUCUGUUUCGUCCAUAAGUUCACCAGGGGGAAGAGGCCUGACCAACAGCAGGACAUACAGUUGGAUUAUAUCAACCUCGGUGUUUCCAGAGCUGAAGGAGUGCUGGCAGAAGAGGCAGGAGUCCAGGCAGCGGAGUAGGAGCUCAUCUCACAUCCAGAUGGAUUUCUCAGUUGCCACACAACCGUCCAAUCCAUCAGCUCAGUCAAAGUUUUGACAUUUUACACAGAUGUUCUCUUUUGAGUAUUACUGACUGCCUGCAGGAAAAACUACUGAGGGAGAAAUCAUCUUUGGUUUAAUCUCUCCUGUCAGUCUCAUGUGAUGAAUCAACCACAUUUUCACAUCGCGUGGAGUUAAAAUACUGUUAGCUUGUGCCGUCAAGUCUCUGCACUGUAGGCAGAUGUUAGUAGCAGUAGCUAACUGUCUAGCUUGUUUAAUAUACUUAACUUUCUUAGCUUCAGUUAAGAGUUCUGGAGUUUCUCAAUUAAAUUGUGUUAGCUAACAUUGUGCUAAUGUUAGCUAUUGAUUGUAACUUUUUCUUUAAGUCACAGUUAAGCUAGCUAAUGUAAGAUAGCUAAUGUUAGCUAGCUGAUAGCCCGCCCCAUCAUUUCCAAUGUUGGCUUGGCAUUUCAUCACCAAUAUUAAAUGUCAUAUAUGAUCAGAUUUUAGCAAACAGUAGUGCUCAGUCAUGAUCAGUGAGACAAUGGAGGAAUAGUUGUUAUAGAGAUACAUUAAUAUAGAGUUUAUUAUUUAAUUUUAGAAGCCUUUUGUGUGGCUGUUGUGGUUAAGUUAUUAUUCUACCUCUUUGAUGUUAGCUUUUAUAAUAAGUGACCCCUUUUGUUUUCACUCAGGAAGUCAGGAGUUUUACCUGGUUGGAUAAUUAAACAAUGUUGAAAUACAUGUGUGUUGAAGGAUAGACUUUAAAUCUUUUCUGCUGACACAGUCUGUGUAAUGAAUCUUAACCCGUGAGAGCAGUGCCCAGCGGUCGUUAUGAUGUGCGACUGCUUCAAAUGGCAUGCUGGCAGCUUUAAUCUGAGUUUUGUUUUCUUGCCAGUUCUUCAGUUUUGCACCAGUUUGCAAUCUGUUUAUUAAAUUACCCUU